UUGUGUUCAUCUAUAUGACAUACACUAUGCUACCUUUACGUCUACGUGAGGCACUGGUGGGAGGCAUGGUACUAUCUUUCACUCAUAUUUACACCAGUUUACGUUAUGAUGAAGUUAAAAUAAAAUGGCAAGAACUAUUGUGCACAAUUUUAGCACUAUUUUUAUCGAAUCUUACUGGCAUCUACACGCAUUGGCCCAAGGAGAAAGCACAACGCAAAGCAUUCAUUGAGACAAGGCAGUGCAUUGAGGCACGUUUGCGAACACAACGAGAAAACCAACAACAGGAACGUCUUUUGUUAUCGGUGCUGCCGCGGCAUGUUGCCAUGGAAAUGAAAGAUGACAUCGCAGGACAGCCACGAGAUACACAAUUUCACAAGAUUUAUAUACAACGACAUGACAACGUCAGCAUACUUUUUGCAGAUAUUUGCGGUUUCACCAGUCUUUCGGAUCAAUGCACUGCAGAGGAAUUAGUAAGACUACUUAAUGAGCUAUUUGCAAGAUUUGAUAGAUUGGCUGCUGAGCAUCAUUGUUUGCGUAUUAAGCUGCUUGGCGACUGUUAUUAUUGUGUCUCAGGAUUACCCGAACCCCGGCCGGAUCAUGCACAUUGUGCCGUUGAAAUGGGUUUAGAUAUGAUUGAUGCCAUAGCACUGGUGCGUGAGGUUAUGGCCGUUAAUGUAAAUAUGCGUGUCGGUAUCCACACUGGGCGUGUACAUUGUGGUGUUCUGGGUCUCGUUAAGUGGCAAUUUGAUGUGUGGUCAAAUGAUGUUACGUUAGCUAACCACAUGGAAAGUGGCGGAAUUCCCGGGUAAGUGUUAUAAUCGGUUGUGGUUAAUUGAAGUUUGCUUGUUAACGUUGACGUUUUGCCGUUUUGCCAUUUUUUAAUUUGCCUUAAAAGAGAAGACACGAAAUAACUCAUUUAACACAUUGUAAAAUUUGAUUUAUUGCAUGUUGAAUUGUUGUAGAAAAUCUGUCAGUAGCUGGUAAA